AUGUCCUUGCGUACUUACAAUCUGAAAACGUUCUUGGAAUAUCCACAAUUCGCUUUCAAGCUAGUUUGCUUCGAAUCAUUUAUUUGGUGUGACAACGAGCACCGCCAUGAGUCCGCUCUUUGGUAUCGCAUAAAGCAACUGAUCUUCAUAUUUAGCACAAUAAUUUUGAUUGUGCACGUUUCCGCACUUGUUGCUGGCGUGUUUGUGCCACGUGCAACACCGGAGGCUGAAUUGUAUUCGAGCAGCGAUUCGAAAGUGUUCGAGGCACUUGCUACAAUUUCCUACUAUAGUUGUGGCAUUUACAAGGUGUGGAACCUCCUUUAUCGUCGCCAUGAUAUUGCUAGAUUACUGAAAGAACUCAAGGACAUAUUUCCGAGUGUAGCCAAACAAAGGAGACUUGCAGAAUUGAAUGAGUCUAAAAAGGAUCAGCUGGGUUCCGGUAGCAUCUAUCGCCUUGGUUAUUAUGAAGAAAAGUCACGCGCUAAUAUGCGACGUCUGACGCAUUUCUUUAAGUUCGCUUACUGCGCCUACAACGCCAUACCGAUUCUGCAGUUGUGCUUUGCAAUCAUGACACAUCAGGAGAAGAUUACGUACAAAGCUCAAGCGAAUGCCUGGUAUCCAUGGCACAACCACAAUAAUCAUUCCUCGUUCAUCGGUUUCAUGGUCUCUUUUCUGACCCAGGCGUCAGCGGAAUAUGUCAGCGUUGCUUUCAUUAUAAGUGGUGAAUUUCUCUUUUGUUUCUUCACCACGCAAAUGCUUAUGCACUUCAAUUACCUGUCCAGUGCCUUUAAUUCGUUGGACGCCAGUGCGCCGGAUGCGCUUCUACAAUUGAAAGCCCUCAUCAGCUAUCACAAUCACUUGCUGCGGCUCUCUGCGCUCAUUAACUCCAUAUUCAAUUUGACCUUCACCCUUGACCUUAUAAUAACCACAUUUGCGAUUUCUUUAAUGGGUUUGACUAUGGUGUUGGUCAACUUUACUAGUGCACUGAUGUUUUCUGCAGGCUUCUCCUUCUUCUUAAUUCUCGGUUAUAUAUUUUGUAACAAUGGCGAUGAACUAUUAAGAGAGACCAGGAAGAUAAGUCCAGCAAUUUUCUAUAGCAAUUGGUAUGAGGGUUCCUACGAAUAUCGUCGACUGAUUAUCUUCUUCAUAAUGCGCACCAAAACACCUUGCGAAUACCAAGCCUACGGUUAUGCGCCACUUUCAAUGGAAACUUAUAUGAAGAUUUUGAAGCUAUCUUAUCAGCUCUUCACAUCUUUUCGAGCCAUUGAGUAGUGGAAUAUUGGAAAGAAAUUAUUUGCUUUGAAAGGAGAGGUACAAUUUAUAUAUUAGAUAUACUCACAUCGUG